AACAAAUGCUUGUUUGGUUAAAUAUUUCAGUUAUCAUUAAAAAGUUUGCAUACACAGUUUAUGUACAGAUAGAUAAAUAAGGAUAUUAAUAGCGCAGGUGGAAAUUGGUUCUGCUGCAUCUCAAAGUCCUACGGCUUAAAGACGCAUCGAGAUCUUUUUAUGGAGUAGUUCAGCAAUGCAUAUGACCACAUCGCAUCUGAUCCCUCCAUGACCACCAGGGUAGAAGAACCCUUUAUUCAUCACAUGCACACUUCAAGCACAGUGAAAUUCAUCCUCUGCAUUUAACCCAUCUGAAGCAGUGAACACACUCAGAGCAGUGGGCAGCCCAGAGCGCCCGGGAAGCAGUCAGGGUUUCGGUACCUUGCUCAAGGGCACCUCAGCCCAAGGGCGCCCCACGUCAACCUAACUAAACAGCGAAAAACCUUUGGUCAUGUAAUAUUACUAAAGAUGGCAGGAUACCACUUUUUCCCCCCUGAAACUGGUACUGAAACCUGGAGAAUCAUCUGAUACUGAUCUGCAUCCAGUCUUGCUUUCUUUGAAAACUUACUAAGCUUUUGUCUAACUGAGGCACGUCGCAGUUCAUCUCGCACCAAAAUCAUUUACAUUUUAAAUGUUAAGUAUAAAUAUAAUAAUCAGUUCUCACAAAAGAACAACCAGUCAAGUCGCUUAAUUUGUAAACACUUCCAGUUCCCAAAAAUAUUGGAUUUGAAAAAUGCUUUUUUCCAAAUCCAGUUCCAGUCUUUGCCAUUUGUUAUGGGAUCUGAUCUGAUUUUACCCACUUUUUUUUUUUUUUGCUGGUAUCAGCCCUAUACUGACAAUAGGUAUCAGAUCAGUGUCCUCUCCAAAAAUUGCAGUUGUAUAAAAAUAACUCCAAUAAAAGCUGGGUAUUGGUCAUUGAACCACAAGUGUCCCUGAUUUACUGUGUUUUGGAAAACUGUAUAUUCCAUUUCGGUCAUUAACUUUUAUUUGCAGUCCUGCUUAUAGAUUAGAAAUCAGUCAAUGAACAGUCUUGCAUGUCGGUUCAAAAUGUUUGGUAGGUGAUUUGUACAUUGAGGAGUUUAGAGGCAGCUUGGAGGAAGUGAGUCUUCUCGCCUCUUCUUGCGUAUUCUGCUUUCAAGUUACACGUGGUUUGCAUGAGCAUGUCUCACCUCUCUACCCCUCUGUGUGUGUACCUCCUUUCACUCACCCUUUUCUCCAGUUCUAAUUCCUCUCGUUCUUAUCUGCUCCUGCAUUUCUCCCCCACAAUCUGAUUCGGUCCAUCCCUCCCUCUUUUUUGUUUUUCUUUUCUUUGCUGUUCUCCUUUUCCUCUUGAACCAUGUGUGAUAACAUGGACCACGAGGACAAGCCACCUGCCCCACCUGUGAGGAUGAGUAGCACGAUCUUCAGCGGUGACGGGAAAGACUACACGUUGCUGACCAAUCACAGCUCCAAGCCCUUACCGUCCGUGCCCGAAGAGAGGAAACCUCGCAGCAAAAUCAUCUCCAUUUUCUCUGGGGCAGAGAAAGGUGGAAGACGGAAAGACAGGGACAGGGAGCGGCCGGAAAUCUCUUCCCCCUCAGGUUUCGAACACACUAUCCAUGUGGGCUUUGAUGCUGUUACUGGAGAGUUCACGGGAAUGCCAGAACAGUGGGCACGAUUACUGCAGACCUCCAACAUCACCAAGUCAGAACAGAAGAAAAACCCUCAAGCUGUGCUAGAUGUCCUCAAGUUCUACAACUCCACAGGAAACACAGGCAGGCAGAAGUACCUCAGCUUCUCUUCAGAGAAGGAUGGAUUUCCUUCUGCUGAACAUUCGCCUGUUAAAAAGAGCAUAGAACAACCGUCACCAAACGUCAAGAAUCCUGAUUAUGACGACGAUGACGAUGAAGAGACGCCUCCGCCUGUUGUGGCACCGCGGCCAGAGCACACCAAGGGGGUGAACACUCGGUCAGUUAUUGAUCCCAUCCCUGCACCAGUUUUGCCAGAUGGUGAUGUUGCAUCCAAAGCUGCAGACAAACAAAGACCCAAAAAGGGCAAGAUGUCUGAUGAGGAGAUCAUGGACAAAUUGAGAACCAUAGUCAGUAUCGGAGAUCCUAAAAAGAAGUACACCCGAUACGAUAAGAUUGGACAAGGAGCUUCAGGGACAGUGUUUACGGCCAUCGAUGUUGCUACUGGACAAGAGGUGGCCAUCAAGCAGAUCAACCUGCAAAAACAACCCAAGAAGGAGCUAAUUAUAAAUGAAAUUCUUGUUAUGAAGGAAUUGAAGAACCCUAACAUUGUCAACUUCUUAGACAGUUUUUUAGUAGGGGAAGAGCUCUUUGUGGUGAUGGAGUACCUGGCUGGUGGCUCACUGACUGACGUAGUGACUGAGACGUGUAUGGACGAAGCUCAGAUUGCUGCAGUUUGCAGAGAGUGUUUACAAGCACUAGAAUUCCUUCAUGCCAACCAGGUCAUUCAUCGAGACAUCAAGAGUGACAACGUUCUGUUGGGAAUGGACGGCUCUGUGAAACUUACGGAUUUCGGUUUCUGUGCCCAGAUCACACCAGAGCAGAGCAAGAGGAGCACAAUGGUAGGCACGCCAUACUGGAUGGCCCCGGAGGUGGUUACCCGCAAAGCUUAUGGGCCCAAAGUGGACAUCUGGUCUCUUGGCAUCAUGGCUAUUGAGAUGGUGGAAGGAGAGCCCCCAUACCUUAAUGAGAAUCCACUGAGGGCACUUUACCUCAUUGCUACGAAUGGAACGCCAGAAUUGCAGAGUCCAGAGAAACUGUCACCCAUCUUUCGGGAUUUCUUAGCUGGCUGUCUGGAAAUGGACGUAGAAAAGAGGGGCAGCAGUAAAGACCUUUUACAGCAUCCUUUCCUGAAGCUGGCAAAGCCUCUAUCCAGUCUCACGCCACUCAUUCUGGCUGCCAAGGAUGCCAUGAAGAACAGCCGCUAGCAUCCUCCCUGGAUAAACCAUGCUGAGAAAUGCAGUGUGUUGAAAGGACUCCGACUCCUAUGCCACGUCUCUUACUGCUGUGCCACCUGGCCAACUAGUAUUGCCAAAACAACAUUUCUACAAGCAUUUCAACAGCGCUUUUUAAAUUGGUCGGACUCCUUUUGGGUGCGUGGGGGAUGGGUGGGGAGGGGGUUAUCUUGGCGGUCUUAUGUGUUACUGUAGCCUUUUUCUAUACUGUUCCAUACAGUAUUUCAUCAGUUUUUUUCCCCCCCAUGUCCGUUCUCUUCUCUUGUGACUAUUAUGCGCAGGAGAUUUAUGUCCUUAAGGGGAAGAAAUAUUUUAAGUGUCCUUGACGUUUUGUUAGUCAAUUCAUUUUUAUAGAAAGAGUAACGAGCUAAAAAAUAACUUGUGCCCUUUUUUUUCUUAUUUUCCUUAAAAAUGUAGCUGAGAUGAGUAAAACCAGCAUUAUAAGUGGGUAAUUCGGUUUGGUAGUUGGUGUCCUAUCCUCAAGCAUGAACUGAUGUAAGAAUGGACCAGUUCCUGGAACUCUAUAGCAACAGGUCAACAUUCAUGGCACAGAUGGUUGUGUACUUUUAAAGAACUGGUCCACCAAGAAUUUUAGACUACGUGUUUGUAUAAAUGAGUGGGUUUGUCUUUGUUUGUUUUUUGUAGUAACUAACAUUUAUUACAAGAUUGCAACUGUAAAGUUAUCAUGUCAAAUGUCAGAAUGGAUAUUUUUACAGCUCCUGCAAAAUCAACUCUGCAACUGCCUUUUUUAAUGUCCUUAAAGGGCUGUCAAACAGCUCCAGGUUUCUGAUCUCUGAAAUUAAUUGCCUGAAACUCACUUGUACUCAAUCAAGUGCCGUAUUUCAGCAAAUACAGUCGGUUAAUUGUUUGUAGAUAAAGUGUGGGUUAAUUGCUAAAUUAUCAUUGUAAACCCCCAAAA